AUGGUGGCUCCUAGAGUUAAGCACUUUCUAUGGCUCACUUUUAAAGGCAGGAUUUCUACCUCUGAUUAUCUACAUUCUAUUAACAUUGGCCCCAGUUGCUUUUUGUGCUCUCGCAAUCACGAUUAUGAGUCGAUUUGCCACUUGUUUAAUAACUGUCACUUUGCUCAGUCUGUAUGGGAGCUUCUCGGAACCAAGAUUGGUUCUGAAUUUUCCUUCGGUGAUGGGUUUGAAUCCGGCUCUUGGCUUGUGGAUGCUACUUACUCUCAUUUUGCUAAAUCUGUUAUUGCUUCCUCAGCCUGGUUCAUUUGGAAGAAUCGUUGUGAUAAGAUAUUUAGAUCUGCUUCUGUCUCCUAUCAGAGUGUUGUUUGUAGGGCCUUGGCUCAUGCUGGGGAUUUUUCCCGUGCUCAAGCUGAUCAGCUUGGCAAGAGAUUAAUCCUCAACAACUUCACACAUUCGGAUGGCUCCUUUCUAUUCGUCUCUAGCUACUGGAAUGCUGCUAAUGAGGUUAGUGGGGCUGGUUUUUUCUGUGCCAAUUCUAACUAUAAUAUCUUGGUGGCAGGUUCUUGCCCCCUUCACGUCGACAGAGAGGAUGAAGCUGAGAAUUAUGCCCUUAAGCUUGCUCUUCAGGCCUCUCUGGAUCUUGGAAUUCAACUCAAGCAUAUUUUCAUUCAGCAUCCAGACACAUUCAGAGCUGUUUCAUUGUUUCAUAACAUACAUGGCAGAUGUAUUUCUCCUUUGUCUCAUCACAUUCAUCAGCUGCUCAACUUGUUGCAUUGCCCGAUGAUCCAUAUUAUUCCCAAGACUUGGGCCUCACCAGCAUUCAAGCUUGCUUCCUUCGGCGCUAAUCUUCAUGCUCUUAACUUGUUCUUUCAGGGUUUUGAGCUGCCUCGUUGGCUCAUGCGAGUAUUCUCUUUGGCUGGCUUCGACUUCUAA